GAUACCUUCAAAAAUGAUUCCCUUUACUGGAGCAACAAAUCUACCUACGAAGUUGAAAACGGGCUUGAGGGUUUGACAGACAAACAAACAAAACUACCCUCUUACUGGAACACGGCAUUUAAAAAAAUAUGCCUCGGAAUGAAAGUCCAAAGAGGAACAGAAACUGAUACAAAAUGGAUUCUGAUUGACCACGAAGCAAGCUCGCUAUUCGACGUAAUCGCAGAAGACAACUUCACAGCAACAAACAUUACAAAGUCAAAAUGGCAAUCACUUAUCUAUGGUUCAUCACUACAAGAAAAUUGUAAUAUUCAAGGGUUUAAUAUUCGUGGGCGAGAAUCUAGAAAGAUGUAUAUACGGAUUGGACUAGUCGCUAAUGAUGAAAACGACUGCAAGACAUGCAACUCGUGUAUUGGCUUUGGUAUUUCAAUACCUGGAUGUUAUGGUCUUGUGCACAAGAAGGCGUGCGGAAGUAUACAUGCUUGCGGUAACCUUCAAAACAACAUUGCAGCAUUUGGAUACAUACUUGUCCAGUGA